AUGGAGGUGGGAAGCCUCCCAAUUAUCAUCUGGGGGCAGAAGUGUAUCACCCCAACUUUUGUGCAAGGCAGCUUGGCUGCCCACAGCUUAUUCCACUCAAAUCCUAUAGGAGCUGCAAUCGGGCUUCUUUUUGGAGGGACCUGGAUGGCCUGGAGGUGCAUAAGGAUGCCAGUUACUUCUGUCAUAAAUGCUGGGGACUUGGAGCUUCCUUCUGGAGAGGAAGAGGAAGAAGAAUAUCAAGCAGAACAGACUCCCGUUGAGGCCACUCCUUCUGUCAGAAGGAAAAGAAAGGAGACUACUCAACCUGCGACUUCAGCCGAAGGUCCUUCUCCUCCUCCUUCUAAGUCAAAAAGGCUUAGAAAGAGGACGGUGGUGGAAUAUGUGGCCACAGAAGAAACUGCAGCAGCUCCCAACGCCACAUCAGACACGGAUGAAGAGCUGAGAGAGGCUUUUGAGGCUGUGGAGCAAGAGAAAGAGCUGGAAGAGUUGGAAGAAGUAGGAGAGGGGCCUCAAGAGAAGGCUAAGAUAAUGGAAGAAAAGGAGGAAAUUCUUGCUGAGGUGAUAGCAGAGAGUAUUGCGCUGGCUCAGAAACAACAAGAAGAUACAAGGGCAGGACUGACUAGCUCAGAGCUGGCCCUGUUUGAGGAUCCAGAGGCAGAACACUCUACUGCUGUUCCAGCGGCUGAGGAACAGGCAGGACAAUCUAUAUCAGAACCUAUGGACCUCUGCUCCUGA